AUGCCCCUCCUUUCGUUACCACUCGAAAUCAUAAACAUGAUAGUGUCAGAGCUACCGUGUAAAGAUGUGCUUGGCUUGAUGUGCACCAACAGAGAUCUUCACGAUCUCCUAAUUCGUGAUCUUUACAAGCGAAACCUUGAUACAGAUCCAGGGGAACUUGCCUUAUAUUGGUGUGCAAUGAAUGGUGCUAUGCAAGGGAUGCGUCAUCUAUUGUCCUGGAAAGUAGAUCUGAACCGAGGCUUGACAUACGAGGGAAGAUGGAGCCUAAUCAUAGGAUUGGAAGCAAAAUCAGCUCUAGUCUUGGCUAUCGAGGAUGAUAACCUGGGUAUGGUAGAUCUCCUUUUGAAACAUGGAGCCGAUGUGAAUUACCUCAGCAACGACUACCCUCCCUGGGACACCAUGCCCUACACCCCCUUGGAAGUGGCGGUGGGGCGGGGGAAUGCGGUUAUGACCCUUUUCCUCCUUCAAAAAGGCGCGAAGAUAAGAGAUCAAAUCACUCUGUCUCGUGCUAUCCGACACGGGGGCCUACUGGCUUGGGUAGAGGCUGGUCGCUACAACAAGCGUGAGCUCCAGUCACCCGACGUACCUGAAGUAGCCUUCAACUACGAUUUCAGGUCAGUGGUGGAGGUGCUGCAUUUAUAUGGCGCCAAUGUGAACGAGGCCCCUCUCCUUCAUGAUGCAGUACUGUAUUACGGGUCUCUUGAUGAUGGUGUCAUAGAGUAUCUGCUACACCUUGGCGCUGAUGUACACGCAAUGGAUGAUGUGGGGGCGUCGGUCAUAUCUCGUGUUUUCAGGACCCAAUACCGCGACGCCCGAGGAUCUGAAGCCUUUGCGAAAUUGCUUAUAGCUCACGGAGCUAAAUUUUUCCCCGACGAGCUCACAGUUUUGCUUGAAAACGCUAUACUUCGAGAAAAACUUGAGGAUCUUCACUUGGUCCUUAAGUACGGAGUAGACGUGAACUCCUUGUGGUGUGAGGAAGGGGGUUGCCUUCACCUCGUUAUCAAACAUGUAUUCCGUGAUGAUAUGACACAAGAAGGAUUCCUCAGGUUGCUCCUGAGCCGAGGAGCCGACGUCCACUUGAAAGACCACGAAUCGAGUACGCCAUUGAUUCAUGCAGUGUCGUUCCCAUGGAACAUAAACCUAGCAAAGCCUCUCCUCGAUGCGGGCGCCAAAGUCCAAUGCCACGGCGAAGAAGGAGCUCAGCUCCUGAAUUUCCUCAUACGGAAUGGGCUAACCACCUGGUUUGACCCAAGAACCGACGAGCUUCAGCGCUUCCUGAAGUAUUUGGAGGAUUUGGAGGAUACGGAAGAUUUGGAGGAUACGGAAGAUUUGGAGGAUUUGAGUGAGUGGGAACCGUUUCCUGACUUCAGUGAGAUGGAUGCUAUGAUCAAAUUGGUUCUUGAAUACGGUGUCUGUCCAGACUACACGGAUGACUCUGGCCAGUGUCCUCUUGACCUUCCUGGUGCUGGACUAUUUUCUGCUCUAAAGCCGUGGCUAUCUAAAAGGGGUAAAGCAUGA